AUGGCUUCAGACUAUUCUACUCGCCUUCAAGCUGUCCACCAAAUCCGGCCUCACUCACCCUCUCCAGCAACCGGCACCGCUCGCUCAGAACUCGCCAAAGUCCAACUCCGAUCUUACUCCUCCAGAAUGGUUACUCAGUCGGUUAACAAGACCGCUCUCCACCCUGGUGGUGUCGAGCCCACUCGCGAGCACACUGAGCUCGAAGAAGAACUUCAUACCAUAGCUCACAUUGACUACGACCGAGUAGCCAUCGUAGCAAACCCAUCAGUAUCAGCCCUCUAUGAAGACGCUCUCGUUUAUGAAACUGGCUCGGCCAUCACCUCCUCAGGAGCCUUGACUGCCUACUCAGGAUCUAAGACCGGACGUUCGCCGCUAGACAAGCGCGUGGUUAAGGAAGAGGGAUCAGAGAAGGACGUGUGGUGGGGGCCCGUCAACAAGGCCAUGUCAACCGAGGUCUGGAAAAUCAAUCGAGAGCGAGCAGUCGACUACCUCAACACUCGAAAUCGCAUCUAUGUGAUUGAUGGCUAUGCUGGCUGGGAUGAGCGAUAUCGCAUCAGCGUCCGAGUUGUGUGCGCCCGUGCCUAUCAUGCACUCUUCAUGCGAAACAUGCUUAUCCGACCGACUCGCGAAGAGCUGAAGUCUUUCCAUCCCGAUUAUGUCAUCUAUAACGCUGGUUCUUUCCCGGCCAACAGGUACACUUCGGGCAUGACCAGCGCCACCAGCGUCGCCAUCAACUUUGCCGAGAAAGAGAUGGUCAUCUUGGGUACUGAAUACGCGGGCGAGAUGAAGAAGGGCGUUUUUACUGUCCUCUUCUACGAAAUGCCAGUCAAGCACAACGUCUUGACCCUCCACUCGUCGGCCAACGAAGGUGAGAACGGCGAUGUCACUGUUUUCUUUGGCCUGUCCGGCACUGGCAAGACCACCCUGUCCGCCGACCCCAAGCGAAAGCUGAUCGGUGAUGAUGAACACUGCUGGUCAGACAAGGGCGUGUUCAACAUCGAGGGAGGCUGCUAUGCCAAGUGCAUCGGCCUGUCUGCUGAAAAGGAACCAGAUAUCUACAAUGCCAUCAGAUUCGGCUCCGUUUUGGAGAACGUCGUCUUUGACCCAGAGACGCGUGAAGUGGACUAUGAUGAUGCCACGCUCACCGAAAACACCCGUUGCGCAUAUCCGAUCGAAUACAUCAGUAAUGCUAAGAUCCCCUGCAUGAGCGAUCACCACCCCAGCAACAUCAUCCUGCUCACCUGUGAUGCUCGCGGGGUGUUGCCGCCCAUCUCUAAGCUCGACACGGCUCAGACCAUGUUCCAUUUCAUCUCGGGAUACACCUCCAAGAUGGCUGGAACAGAAGAUGGGGUCACGGAACCACAAGCAACCUUCUCUUCUUGCUUCGCUCAGCCAUUCUUGGCUCUGCACCCCAUGCGUUACGCGAAGAUGCUUGCCGACAAGAUCUCCGAACACAAUGCCAAUGCCUGGCUCCUGAACACUGGCUGGGUGGGUGCGGGCGCCACCACAGGUGGCAAGCGUUGCCCGUUGAAGUACACUCGUGCCAUCUUAGAUGCGAUUCACUCGGGAGUGCUCGCCAAGGCUGAGUAUGAAACCUACGAUGUGUUCAAUCUUCACAUCCCGAAGUCGUGCCCCAACGUUCCGGAUGAGCUCUUGAACCCCAAGAAGAGCUGGACUGGAUCGGCCGACUUCAGUGAGGAGGUCACCAAGUUGGGCAAACUUUUCAACGAAAACUUCAAGAAGUAUUCCGAUCAGGCGACUGAGGAGGUCAUCAAGGCCGGUCCAGUCGUGUAA